GACAAGUCAACAAAAAAAAACUGUUAAAAAUAAAAAUGAAAAAAAAUAAAUUAAUUUUCUUUGUUGUGUAUAUUUUUUUAAAUUUUUUAUGUCAAUCUUUAUCAAGUCGUUCAAUUAGAUAUCCUAUUGACAAUAAUCCAUCAAUGAACACAUUUAGUGGAUCAUUUGAUGAAAAUUUAGAAGAACGUCAUUUAUUUGGAGGUAAAAAAAAAAAAAAAUUAUUCAAACAUCAUCGUCGAGGUCAUGGAUGUCGGCCGGGUCAUGGUUGUAGUGGAGGAUAUGGAUGGCAGCCGGGCAACGGGGGUUAUUACCCGCAAAAUCAAGCUGGCAAUGAAGCCUUUGCAACCUCUGCAUCCGCUGGUGUAUUUGGCCUCUUCUCAAUUGCAACUGCAACUGCAGUAAAACCCAACUACAAUCAUCCAAAUACCCACAGUUCAAAUUUUAACUUCAGACCUUAUUAUUAACCAACUCAAUCAGUAUUUUACUCUGAAAAUUUUUUUAUCUUUUUUAUUUUUUUCAUAGAAUUAUAUACUGUAAUUAAUUUAGCAAUUAAUGAAAUAUAUUAUUGAUAAUUUUUUUUGUAAAUCAUGAAUUAAAAUAAAAAAAAUACUGGUUCACACCUGAACCAUCCAAAAAAACUCGAUCAAAUUUAAAACAGCCACCAGCAUUUAUAAUUGUGCUAGUGCAAAAUUGAAUAAAUUUUUUUUAACUUGAAUUUUGUG